CUCACUCUCUAAAGUUGCACAUGGUUUCUGUCCGAGGAGGUUUAGUUUCCUCAGGCUCUGGAUUGGAGAGGGAUGAUGCCAGAGAGCUGCAGGCAAACACACAUGUUCAAAACCUAAUGGAAGCUUUAACCAGCUCUAAAUUUCCUUCCUUGAUGUACUUUUCAAGAAUAUUUCAUAUAGUCUAGAAAUUGGAUUGUUUUAAGCUGCAAAGCUGCAUAUUUUUUUGCAUAUAUGGAAUAGCUUUUUGGCGACUAGAUGACCUAAAAUUUUUGCUUGUUUUGAGUUUUGAAAUCUGUGGAAAGGGGGAAAACGGUGAAGAGGACCAAACAUCACCACCAAAUAGUGUGGCAAGCAUCAUCAAGCAUCAUCAAGUCAAGAACAAGUCGUCUAAUAAGGAUUCUUCAAAGAGGAAACAUGAAAGACAACUAUGGUGGUUACGAGAACCAGCUUUUCAAAGAGGAGGAUUUCACUGGAGAGGAGGAAAUGCCUUCAUUUAGAGGUCGUAGCAGAGGAGGCUGUAUGAGGUGUCAGCAGGGCCACUCUCUACAGCUGGCUGUAAAAGUCCUCUAUGUGUUUGUUGCAUUCCUCAUCAUCACUGUGGCAGUGCUGGCAUCACUCGUGUUCAAGAAAGUUGACAACCUGUCUGAGGAGGAGUCCGUAUACAGCAAGAGGAUCAACAGCGUUCAGCAAGGAAUGGAAGAUCUGAGCUCCACCUCCAACUGUUCAGGCUGUCUGGAUGUGACUCUGUACAACGAGGAGAUCAGCAGGCUGAAGCGAGAGUUUGAAGACAUCCAGAGAAUGAUUUUAGGACAGGAGCAGGUCCUGGACCAGGCCUCCCAGACACAGACCACCCUAAAGACCACCAGCAACCGUCUAACACGUGACAUACAAAACCACCUGAUGUCCAUUAAACUUCUCAACCAGUCACUGGAAAGAUACCUGGAACGUGUUGAGGGCUGGAAGGACGUGAUCGAAGAGACUCAGGAGAAAAUGAAAACUCUGACUGAGGAUCAGUACGACAUCAAAGCUACAGCCUAUCAAGUCAACACCACGGUGUCGCUCAGCACCAUGUGGAUUGACGCCCUGCAGAGAAAAGCAGACGAGGAGACUCUGGUCCUCCAGAAGUUAACCAGCGACUGGCAGAACUACAGCCGAGUGCUUUCCUCCAUCAAGUCGAACACAAGCAGCACCACACAAAACAUGCGAUUCCUCCAAAACAACAUCGUAGCAGAUCACCAGAGAAUCGCCACGUCCAAUGAGGUGUACUAUGACCUCACUCAGCAGGUGAUGAACCUGCAGAUGCAGCUUGACAAUGUGACAUCUUUCAUGGAUGAACAUGAGGAAAACAUGCAUGACCUUCACUACCAUUCCAGGUACUAUGAGAACCGGACAGGUGAGCGUUUCUCAGCUUUGGAUGGUCGUCUGAACUCGAUCUCAAUGGAGAUUGAUACAAUUUCCUCCAGCAUCAACGCCACUGUCAGCCACGUGCAGAGCAUGUACAAGUACAUCAACAUUGAGAGCUCGUCCUGCCAGGGUCGCCUGAGCAGACACACAGAAGAUCUACAGAACCUGAACAACACAGUCUUGUUACUACUCCACUUGGCUGACACACUAAGGCAGCAAAACAUGUUGUUGAAUGUCCGACUGGAUGUGGAUGUCAGGAACCUCUCCAUGGUGGUGGAGGAAAUGAAACUCGUAGAUGUUCACCAUAUCCAGCUCAUAAAGAACUUCACUAUAGUAAAAGGUGCUCCAGGACCACCAGGGCCCAAGGGGAACCGUGGUGAGACCGGUUCAAAAGGGCCAAUGGGAUUGACUGGGAGCAAAGGUGACCGAGGCCCGAUAGGAAGCCGAGGAUCCGCUGGAGAGAAGGGUUCUCUUGGUCCCAAAGGAGUAACAGGUGAAACAGGGCCUGCUGGCAAUAAAGGGGUGGUGGGAAGCAAAGGAGCCAAAGGGGCUCCGGGCCUUCCUGGACCACGUGGGGAGAGGGGCCAGAAGGGUGAUAUGGGCCCGACUGGCGCAGACGGUGGCCCAGGACCAAGAGGACCAGCAGGGAUGCAGGGUCAGGCAGGACAACCUGGAAUCAUUGGUCCAACAGGACCAAGGGGAAAACCAGGGCCAGUAGGCCCACCAGGACCACCAGGAACCCCUGGACCACCAGGCCUGUCAUACCCCCACGACAGAAACAUCCAGCAGCGGGCUGUGACGUCUGCUUCUGGGUUCAAGAAACAGUAGACUGUUGGACAGAGACAUGGACUCUGUGGGAGAUUUUUAUGGUUAUAAAAAGCUUGAGCGUUUUUGAGAGAAGUUAGGGAAUCCUUUCCAUUAUGACUGGAGACGGUAAAAUCCACCUCUUCGGGAUUAUGCAACACAUUCAAGAAUUUCUGAACAAAUACCAACUAUUCAAAUUUGAAAUUAGGCUUUAAAAAAAGCUUUCCAUGAAAUAAAGGAAUGCCUGAAAGGAAAUACUAGGGCGGAAGGUCUACAAAAUUGACAACUGAACUGCUGCCACAAGCUGAACCUUUGGUAUGAAGUGAGAGGGAUGAGUAUCUCCGGCCAAAAUAUGACUAUGCUUAGACAGAUUUAACAUUUUGUAUGGUGGCAUGUCGGAGAAAGCUACCCUCAUUCAUUACUCUGGAUGAGUGUUUCCUUGGCACUAAAGCCAAAGAAUACGCAAGUAAAUCAAGCCCUGCACAUUUGGGAUGACAUGAGUUUUCCUAAUGUACCAACUUGUCUUUGAUUAAGUGAUUAAUAGGAAUGAAUAAUACAUUAAUUAAUGACAGUCAGGUCAAGUUGAAUGUACAGGGAGCAAAGACUGUGUUUGAGGCUGGUGUCAAGCCACCCAAACCCUAUGACCACGAUUAAUAAAAGGGCUCCUCUUAAGACUUAAGUAGUGGGGAUUUCCCUUUCAGACUACUUGUGGGUUUUUGUUUUCCCAUGCACUAUUAUAUGGGUAAAAAAAAUGUUUGUUUGAGCAUUUGUACAUAUUGACACAUCUUGAUGGAUGGCACUUUACUGGUUCUCUAAGUGUAAAAACCUAAUUUAGUUCUUGGUAUAGUUUGGAAUUUCGGAGCAGGUACUCUGUAAAAUUUCUUUCUUCUGCUGAGUGAGACUGUCCUUAACAAUUUAUUUUUGGGGAAGUUGCAAAAUUGUUGUCCUCUGAGUUUCCACUCUUGUGUACCCUUUUUUGGAAAUUGUGUACAACAUUGAUUCCAUUAUCUUGAGGUUGGAUGAAAGGAAAAAAAAAGGCAGAAAGGUAUCUAGGUAUACGGUAAAUAAGUCUCUUGUUGACUUGUUUACUCGUUUGUGAAACAUUUUGGAAAAUACGCUUAUUUGUUUUCUUUCUAAGAGAUUGAUUAGAAAAAUACCUCUCUGUUUCUGAUUAGCCUAGCUUAGCAUGAAUACUUCUGCAGAAGGAGACCUUGAUCCUGAAUUUCCAAAGUUAUAUAAAUUGGAGACAUGUUAUGUGUCCACUUCUUGUCAGACACUAGUUUAACCAAUCUUAGCGAAGCAUCUCCAAGAAGCAACUCCUAACAACCUAAAACACAAUGUGAGAAACAGUAAGGCUUAAUGUUGCUCGGAAUAUUUAUUUACCAUUGAAUAGAGCUAGCUAUUCUCUCAGCAUCCUGUUUCAUGCUAUGCUAAGCUUAUUAUUUCCCUACCACAUGAACACAUGACAGUUGAAUACAUCUUCUAAUAAAUCUCUUGGAAAGAUAGCAAAAACGGCUAUCUAACAAAAUAGUGAACUAUCCCCUGACAUUUUAAUGGCUAUGGUCAUGAAUCCCAUUAAUAUCACUCAUGUAUGUUUGCAAACAUGUGAAGUAAUACAGUGAAGAACAUCAUAGUAGCUAUUUGCCUUACCCAACAUGAUUGUUACAUUUUGAACCGUGUCUACUUUUUAAAAGUUGUGAAAGCAGAGCAAUGACUUUAAAGAGGGUUUGAGUCUUCUUAUGACCUAUCUAUAAUCUUUUUUUUAUCGAAGAAAAAACCUUCUACAAAAAGGGAAACAUACUACUUUUGUAAAUCUGUUGUAAUGAGAUGCGACUGGCUUGCAUUGAACUUCAUUAAAGUUUUUUUUCAAUGGUC